AUGGCCGACGAUCUCCAGCCCUCAACAGCAUUCCACAACUUCAACCUGCCCCACGGGAAUGAUGAUAGCGAUAAGGAUGGAGCGGCCGAUACCUGCAAUAACGACUCCAUGGGAGACAUACUUCCAACUCAGCCUGGCAAUGAGCGACUCAUUGAGUACGAGAAAGGCUUCUCUGAUAACGAGGGGUGCGAGGACGCAUUCGACCGCUCCUUCCCUGGCCCCAGGCCCGCAAAGGACAACAAGAAGCCUCGUGUGCUGUCACUGUUCGGAGGCCCGAUCUCUCAAUCAGAUGAUGUUGGCGACGAUGCCGACGAUGAGGCGCCACCCAAGACCCCAGGGCAGGGCAUGGAUAUGCGAAUGUCCAGUCUUACGCUCGAUCAACAACAAGAAGAAGACAACGGUGAAGGCCCUUCCAGACCAAGCUUCAACCUAGCUGCUACCCUUGGACUUUCAGACAACGGUAGCCCAAGAGAAUCACCCGCACCGUCGGCCGUUAGCAUGGAGGACGAAGUUCUAGCUAAAGACCCCGUGGUCUUAUAUAGGCUGCGAAAGAACAUCGACAGGCAGGUUGUGCUAGUUACGUGGGUUAACGUUGACCAGAGCGGUAACUAUAACCUGGAAGAGGAGCGACAGAAGGCCAAGGCGGCCAAGGCAAAGAAGAGGAAAGGCAAGCAGAAAGCAGUGCUAAAUAAGGGGCACAUUAAGUGCAUUAAGCGUUGCUCGCUUAAAACAAAGAAGGACCAGCCGCCGUGCAAGUACUGCAAGAGGAACAGGAUUAGCUGCACUUUCUACGACUUGCCGAACCUAGAGAUGCCCAAGCAAGGUGGCAAGAAGAAGGCGGUGCAGGCUAGCAUCGCUAGUUCGUCUGCUCUAAAUAUCGCGCCGGAGGUUUCUAUGCCAGGCUUAGACUUCUUCGACGCCAAGGAUCUCGCGGACUUAGAACGAGAGGAUAAGGAGGAGUUGGUCCAAGAAGAGACGCCAGAAAUAGAGAUGGAGGAUGCCGAGGGUCGCCGCGGCAUUUUAACAGAGAUCCAGACCUCUUUCGCUUAUCCCAUCAAAUUUAGCACUUUGGAGAGUUCUUCAAUCUGCAGCUUCUGCGAGAUGCCUUCGUUUAGAUUUACGGGUCAUUUCGAAAAGACGGUCCAUGUCCUAAGAUGGAACAAUGGCCUUAGAUACACGGAGCUCACAGCCGGACACCGCGAAGAUAACGACGCAACUAUUAUGUGCCAGGAGUGCGUCAUGCAGAGGGUGCAGACGAUAUACUGCCCGGCCCACGGGAUCAAGCGAAUCGCACCCUUCCCUCCCGUGGACCUCAGCACUUCAAGCCGCUCCACUCAACCUCAUAACACCUCUAGCAGACUAUCGCUGGCAGAUCGCAAAAAAUCGUUAGCUAAAAGAAAAAAUUGCUUAGAAGCGCCGAGCCGUUGGAACCUCGUCUUGGAGAACUUGGUCUUUGCGUCUAUCGUGUAG